AUGUUUGCUUUUAAAGAUGGAGAGAGAGGGGCCAAGCGCUGCUGGCGAGUUGCGGAAAGACUCGAUGUCGGGAUGGUGGGAAUCAACACUGGCAUCGUUAGUAAUCCCGCUACGCCGUUUGGCGGGGUCAAACAGAGUGGUUUCGGACGCGAGGGGAGCAAGUAUGGCAUUGAUGAAUAUGUGACGGUCAAGUCUCUUAAUUUUGGUGUCACCGAGUUUCCUAACGCGGGUUCACUUGUUUAA